CGUCAUGGUUUACACAGUGCUGUGCAGGAUAUGUCAGUAUGUGUGUAAUACAGAACAGCAACGUUGGAAGGCGGUGAAAGGGAAGCUGAAAUGAAGCCCUGCCCUGCUUCCUGUCUCAUGAGCAGAGGUGGAGCUGUGCAAUACUAGCUUUCUGUUUGGGAACUUGCAGCUUCUUUAUUUACCAGCCGAUAGGACAUGAUGCUACUGCCAUCUUCUGGUCUGCAUGGCCAAACUGAGGAAGGAACUAUGAUCAUCAUGGGAGAGCCAAACAGAAAGUAUGUACACAUUAUUAUUAUUAUCUGUCUGGUUUCAUUUCCCGUGGGAAGUAAAGCAACUAAUUCCCAAUAGGGGACAUUUGUUACAUGUACUAUGUGAACAUGUUUUAGAUUGGUUAUAAUGUAGUUUACUUUCCUGUCAAUAUUGCUGUAAGUUCAGAGCUGGUCUCGUCUUCCUGUUUUGGGAACUGAGAGGAUACGUUUUAGAACCAAAUAGAUCCAAAAGUACUGUGUUACAUGUAGUGGAGAUACUUUGUAUCCACAGCACGAAGGCUGAGGGUGCCCAUUGCAUUGUUUUGUGUUUGCUCCAAAAUUGUGUUCUCACUGCCACAAAAAUUCCUCCCAGACAUUGAAAGUGCAUAUAAUAAACAUGGGGAAAUGUGCAGACAACAAUCAGUUAUUAAAAUUAUAAGUGCCAGGGCAGGGUGCGAUAGUACCUCUUUGUGCCACCACCUUUCUUCUACCAUAUAAAAGCUUUAAUAACAUGUAAUUGUUAACUUGCAUUAUCAAAUUAAAAGUAAGAGGAGGGCCAAAUUACAGACAACAAAUGGUAUGUUUGCUGUGCAUUCUGUUCUGGUGUUUUUAUGACGCAGAGGGCUCCCUACAAGGUAUCGCUAGUUUGUUGUUCUUAUAAAUACACUUUGGCAGCCAUGUUUGAUCGGUAUACUUGUUAGAGUAUGGCAAAAGUUAAAGUUAACUUGCAUGUAGUGAUAAACUAGAGCGGCGAAAGAGAGAUGAGUUUGUUUAGAAGUGAUCAUCUGUGUUGCAAUGUGUCCCUAGUUUAAAAAACAAAAACCAGCUGGGUUAAAGAAACUUAUUAUAGGGUUUUAAUGGCUACAUGAUAUGUCUGCACAUGAACCAAGAUAGCAAACUAAAUUCUAGAUCAAUGAUACUGGUUAAUGCAGAAGGUUGAGAUCGUUUUUAUGUUCAUGUUACUUUUUUAAGUUGCUUUUAUAUUGUAAAAUUAUAAGUUUGUACAUAGCAAAUUACAUGUUAAAUGUAACCUGUUAAGGACAGAGGCAAUGGUUUAAGUUCUGUACCAAAACAAAAUGCAGAAAACAGUAUGUGUUUGUUCCACCAUAAAUUGUGUUUUGUCACAAUACAUACUAUACAUUGUAUUUGUUUUUAAUUCUUUAAUUUUGUUGUGCUUAUGCAAACAGAGAUGUACAGUAUACAGCAAAGAAAACGCAAUACAAUGCUCUGACAAGGCAAAUGAGUGUAUAGACAUGUCAGAAGAUUUUAAAGGUAUAGAAAAGUAAGAGGAGUAAGCAAUCAACAAAUAAUGAACAAGUAGUGUGCACUUAGUUUGGUCAUUAUAGAGUAAAUUAUAAGGGAACAAGACAAAUGGUAUUGAUUUGAUUUAUCAAAAUGUCUCGUUGGGUGCCCCCAAAAAGUAAAAAAGACAUGGGUGCUCUGAGAAACGUAGGGCAAAAGAACACAAUUAACUAACAAUAGGGCAUAUUAGUCCCUUAGCGUAAAACAGGUGUAUUGCCAGAAAUUUGAAAGUAUUCUGUCCCCAACUUUGCUUCAUUCUAUACCCACCGUGGGCAGAACAUGUGGGAAUAUUGAAGGCAUCCAUAUCCAUGCAUGGGCAGGCUGAUACCAAAAAAGGUCAAUGUAACGGAGCUUCCUGUACCCCGGUUGGGUACCUCCGUUGGCGGAUGCUCCUAGUGCUCACCAAGGACCAUCAGCACCGCACCGGACACCAUAAACACUGCAGACCCCACAAACUGCCGCAGCUUGGUUGGGGUCUCGCCGUCUGCUUCCAACUACCCUGGACCUACGACAAGGCUCCAGGUUCCGGUGGGUGAACCUCUCUUCCUUCAGAGAGCAAAGGAGGAACAGCUCUUAGAAGAGCUAGUGAUUAUUCAAGGGAGUAUGAAGAGCAUAGCAAUCCCUUGUAGCAGUUUCCCUCAAUAAGAGACAUGACACAGUAUUGAGGGUGAAGUAGAACAGAAGGUUUAUUGAACACACUGACCUUUUAUACAGUUUUCCCAGCAAAGGUGAAGCCCAGGUGGACCUAGUUGGGCACUGAACACAAAACAUACAAGCCAAUAAAAACAGAGGUUUACAUCCAGAUAUUCCCAUACAGAUGUGAUACAAUUAACGAAGACAAUGGACUAACUCAAUUAACUCUAAGCAGGAAAAAUAUACAUUUUUACAAACCCCAAAAAGUACCCCAAAAUACAACAUAUCCCCACAUCCCCUGAUAGCCCCGCUCUGGGUGAACAACAUAUCCAAAAAUCACCCAGAUCGGUUCAGGGGUUCAGGAAUUUCCUGGAAGUCUUACUUUUGCCCCACCGUGCACAUGGUCCCAUGCCCAAAACAGUUCCAUACACUCGACGACAAAACACUGCUGGAUAAUUUAAGAUGGCCGCUGCCACAUGUUUGAAUCUGUUCCAGUUAAAAGUCCAAAGGGGCAGAAACCGUGCUUUAAAACCAAAUAAGUCACAGGAAUCAUAAUCCCAAGGUAAAAGGCUAGCCAUGGGUCCUCUCCAAAAAACAGUGGCGAAGUGGCUUUCGCCACAUUCAAGAUAUGGGCUCCCCUCAGUUCAUCUGAUAGUUGUCAGGCUUCAGCUAUAGACUGCCAUAGUAACUGUCUACACAUUGACUUAUUCAGGAGUGCUGCACCAUACAUUUUCCGCCACCAUCUUAGGGCUUUCUGAGCUUCAAGAACUAAGGUUUACAGAGGAGUGAUUUGUCGGGGUGUGUUCUUCUGUAGUGGGGAUAAGUUGGUGCAAAUUGUGCUCCAGCUUUUGCCAGGUAUUGGCAAAUGGUCUGUCUAGUUUUGCCAAGACAUCGAGUUGUUUCACACUGGGAUCUCCGAUGCAUGCGGUGUCUGCCAUCUUGUGGAUAUCACUGCUCCACAAGUGUCUCCGCUCAUGUCACUUCGCUACAGGCUCCAACAACAUCGGCGCAGCCUCAGCAGACUCAUAAGAGUCUUUAACUGUGCUGGGCACCUCUGGAACUGGAGAUCGUCUGCUUCUCUUUCCUGACAGGCCCCAGGCCACAAGACGUAAGCAGGCUCCCAUCUACUCGCAUAGGCGUGCGCAGCCUAUUGCAUUAGGGUGUGCACCCUAAAGCACAAACAUACGCCGCGUGUGUGUGUGUAUAUAUAACAUAUAUAUAUUCACAGACACACACACUCACAGACACACUCACACACACUGACACACACAUACUCACACACUUACAGACACACACUGACACACACACACACACACACUGACACACACUGACACACACUCACACACACUCACAGACACACACACACACACUGACACAUACUCACACACACACACACAAAUUAUUAUAUUUAAAUUUUUUUUUUUAAAUGUCCACCCAGCCUCCUACCUGGAGUGCUGGUGGACUUGUUCCUGGGGUCCAGUGGGGGCGGGCGCCUUUCUCCAGUUCAGCCGCGGCGAGGGAGCUCUCUGCUCUCUGCUUCCUCUCGCCGCGCGGGCUGUCUGCUGUAGCUGGGAGCCGGAAUAUGACGUCAUAUUCCGGCUCCCGGCAUCAGCGCGCGGCGAGAGGAAGCAGAGAGCAGAGAGCAGAGAGCUCCCUCGCCGCGGCUGAGCUGCAGGGUGGGGGGGAAUCAUCACCUCUUGCCCUCCCAUGACAGGGGCAAGAGGUGAAACAGGGGACACUGAGUGCCUGCAGGAACAGCGUUCCUGCUCAAAAAAAGUGCAGGAACGCUGUUCCUGCAGGACUCAAACCAUAGGCGUGCGCACGGGGAUUAGGGUGUGCCCAGGCACACCCGGCACACUCCAUGCGCACGCCUAUGUCUACUCGCUGAUUUUCUCGCUACAUGUCUUCUAUCAUGAGGGGUAAAUUGGGUACAAUUGCUGUACCAGAUCGAAUGUGUAAGGGCUGUAGAGCUAAUCCUUGAAGGUAUAAUAGAUUUGAGACUCGUGGCAAGACUCCUGAAAUUUGAGUAAAUAUGAGAUGCACUAGUCCUAUGUUAUGUCCAUACAGUACAUAUUCACAGAGAAAAGGAGUGUUUGAUCCUAAUUGGAGAACUGGGGAGGAGUGUUGGCUGUCUGACACACCCACAUGGAUUCUCAUGUGGGUGUGUGUAUGACUGGUCGUAUGUGUAACAUCCCAGAGGGAUGAGAAGUCGGAUUCGCCAGCCAGCAAUUGGGGAGAUAGAUGAAUAUAGCCCAACCUCCCGGCUGGUACAGAUAGAUGUGCGAUCCUACACCCGCCCCACGUGGGCAACACCCAAUGGGAAUAGAAGGGAGGUACGUCUUAUAGUUUUGGAUUGACAAACAUGGAAUUCAGUACUGGCCUCCAGUAAGCGAGGCCCAGUGAGACUGAAGGAGGGUGUAUACAUCACACACCCUGACUGAGAUGGUAAGAAUAGAUGAACUCACACCCCCUUUACACAGCAGCCAACAUUCAAUAGCUAAUUGCCAAUUAAGGAUACAUAUAAACGGACAGCCUCGUCAGCUCACAGACAUUGCUCCUGACGACAACAUGCUGUCACAUAUUCAUCCGCUUAUAUAAAUGUGAUUCAUGGAAUUUACUGUUCAGACAGGAAAAGUUGUGCCAAACAACAUUACUGUCAUGAUAGGAAAAGUUGUGCCGAGUAGCAAACAAAUCCACAGGAGGGUUUGUGCUGAGCAGCAAUUAUGCAAAUGGGAACCUUGUAACUGCCCUUGGGGUCAAAGGCUGAUUUACAGCCUAUCAGAUCCAGAGGAGGGGUAUUUAGCCCCAGUUCUCAUCCUGCUCAGUGCCCUGUCGUGGUUUCCCUUGUGGUUGUCUGAGAGCGCGUUAUUGAUUCUGGUAAUUCUGGUUAUUUGACUUUGGCAUUGUUUUUGACCUGUUUUCUGGCAUCCUUGACUGGCUUUUCCUUCUCGUUGUGUCUCUUUCUGUAUCCCUUGACUUCGGCUAUUCCUGACUAUUCUUUGGUACGUUAGUCCGGCCAUUCUAAGGUCCGGUAUACAUUACCUAUUAGUCCUCUGUGUUACACAAUUCUACGUGCUGGAUCAUACUGUAAUCCUGACAUUACAACAUGGCCAUAGGUCCUGCAGAAUUGUGUAAGCACAUAGCUGCUUGCGAAAGGAAACUGGAGGAUAAUGAUCACCGCAUGGAUCAAUUUGCCCAGGCCUUCAGUACGCUUCUUACCCGAACAGCGCACCUGCAACCUGCGGCCUCACCUCCACCUUGUUUACCUCCAGCUAUAGUACACAAAGCACCUACUAUCUCCAUAUCUCCUCCCCUGCAUUUUGAUAGUAAUAUUCAAGAAUGCUGGAGAUUUAUUAACCAAAUGGAGUAUCAUUUUGAGGCUUCACCGGGAUCUUUUCCCGCAGACAGCUAAAAUUGGUUACCUAAUGAAUCAAUUAAAAGGUAAAGCUUUAGCUUGGGCCAAUCCAUUAUGGGAUAGUAAUAGGAGUGUGGCACACAAUUACCAGGAGUUCCUUACGGAAUUCAAACUUACGUUUGAACCUUUAGGCAGAGAGGAUGAUGCCUCUACUGCCCUGAUGCAUAUCAGACAAGGGAACCGGUCUAUAUCGGAAUAUGCCAUAGAAUUUCGUACCCUAGCUUCCGAGGUAGACUGGACUAAUAGUGGGUUAAUCUCUGCAUUUAAAAAAGGGAUUAUCUGAAACUAUGCUAGAUGAGAUUGCCGCCAAAUACUUACCCAAAAAGCUUAAUUAAUUUAUCACUUUUGUCAUGCAGAUUGAUAAUAGAUUAAGAACCAGAGAAGCUACUAGAAACAAGACCAGACCCAUGAGUAUGCAUUUUGCACCCCAUUUCUCCAGACCUAUUGUCCCUGAAAUUUCUGUACAGUCUGAACCCGAACCCAUGCAGUUCGGGGUCACUAGAUUGUCGGAAGCAGACAAUAUAGGAGAAAAGAAGGCCUAUGUCUAUACUGCGGUAGGAAGGGACAUAGGAGAAACAAUUGUCCCAUAAGUCCGGAAAACUACCGCACCUAAGCACCUUAAGGGAACAGGUCUUAGGUGUAAUGGAAAUGUCCUCUGAAAAGAAUAAAAAUAGGUUUCUCCUUGACAUUUCUAUCUCCUUUGAUUAAAAAUAACUUUUCAUGCAAAGCCCUGAUGGAUUCAGGUGCUGCUGGAAACUUCAAUUUGUCAAAGGUAAUACUAUACCUAUCAAAGAGAGACUAUUACCCUUAGCUGUUGAAGCUAUUGAUGGGAGACCACUCUCACAACCAUUGAUAACCAUGAAACCUUACCCAUUAAUAUUUCCAUUGGUGCCUUACAUAAGGAACAGAUUACAUUUCAGGUGAUUGCAUCUCCUUCUUGUCCUAUUAUAUUAGGAUUCCCAUGGCUCAUUGACUGGGCUAAUGGGGAAAUAUUAGAAUGGGGUAAGGAUAGUAAUGAAAGGUGCAUAUUGCAUGUCCCCAAAAGAGUGGGCACUAUUGAAUUACCCACCAGUACACCUCAAAAUCCCGAGAUCCCUAUACCAAGACAUUAAAGAAGUGUUCAGCAAGACUCAGUCUAAUACUCUACCUCCUCACAGACCAUAUGACUGUUCCAUUAACUUACUACCAGGCGCUAUGCCACCUAAUGGAGUAGUCUAUGCUCUGUCACCUCAGGAGAGUAGUGUAAUGGAGGAAUAUAUUAAAGAUUCAUUGAAUAAAGGCCAUAUACGAAAAUCAUCCUCGCCUGCUGGUGCAGGAUUCUUUUAUGUAUCUAAAAGGGAUGGUGAGUUGCGCCCAUGUAUCGAUUUACAGGGCUUUGAACAAAAUCACCAUUAAGAACGCCUACCCCAUUCCUCUUAUUGCUGAAUUAUUUGACAGACUCCAGGGUGCUGAAGUGUUUACUAAGCUUGACCUUAGAAGCACUUACGAUUUAGUGAGAAUCAAGGAAAACCACGAGUGGAAGACUGCAUUUAAUACCAGAAGUGGACACUAUGAAUAUCUAGUGAUGCCAUUUGGGUUGUGCAAUGCUCCAGCGGUUUUCCAAGAUUUAAUUAACGAUGUACUCAGGGAUUACAUUUACUCAUUUGUCUUGGUCUAUCUGGAUGAUAUGCUUAUUUAUUCUCCUGACCUCCAGUCUCACCACAAUCACGUUAAACAAGUUCUGCAAACCUUAUUAAAACUUUAUUAUAAAUUGGAAAAAUGUAUCUCUGACCAGUCUGAUUUACAGUUUUUAGGAUAUAAUAUUUGUGCCUCGGGGUUUCAGAUGGAACCUAAAAAACUACACGCGCAAGGGGGCUAGUAGUACGAUAUGGUCUAAGGAGGCAAUUGAAGCCUUUGACACUCUAAAACAGCGGUUUGCCUCUGCCGACCUAUUAAUACAUCCUGACACCAGUAAGCCUUUCAUACUGGAGGUUGAUGCUUCAGAUACAGGGGUAGGGGCAGUUCUCUCCCAGAGGGAGUGCCAGGAAACUGUUACAUCCUUGUGGUUACAUUGGGGAAAGGGGUUAAUAUCAUGAAGGUGUUUCACGGCAACGUGUCUGUUGGUCACCCAGGUAUUAAUAAAUCCACUUCUGCUAUCAUGAGGUCAUUCUGGUGGCAUUCCCCCAGGAAGGAUGAUAAGGAAUAUGUGCAGGCUUGUUCUGUUUGUGUGGUUUUCAAAGUGCCUCAUAAACUCCCUUGUGGCUUAUUACAACCUCUUCCUAUUCCUGAGGUCCCAUGGUCCCACUUGUCCAUGGACUUUAUUGUUGAGCUUCCUAGUUCUAACGGUUAUACCACCAUUCUCAUGGUUGUGAACCGUUUUUCUAAAAUGGCUCAUUUUAUUCCUCUCAAGAAAUUGCUGUCAUCUCAAGACCUGGUACUAAUCUUUAUACAAGAAAUUGUCCAUUUGCAUGGCAUUCCUCACAAUAUAGUAUCUGACAGAGGUUCUCAGUUUGUGUCUCGGUUUUGGAGGGCCUUCAAGAAACAAUUAGGGAUUGGAUUGUCUUUUUCAUCCUCUUACCAGACCAAUGGUACAGCUAGGAGGGCUAACCAGUCCUUGGUAUUAUAUUUGCAUUGUUUCGUUAAUAGCACUCAAGACAAUUGGUCCGAAUUACUACCAUGGGCCGAGUUUGCUAGGAACAAUACUGACCAUGACUCCUCUGGGCAUAGUCCCAUUUUUUGUUAAUAAUGGCCGGCAUCCUACUGUCCUACCGGCUGUUUUUCUGAUAUGGCUAUAACUGCUUUGGAUGACAGUCUGGCUUCCAUCCUUGAUACCUGGGUUAAAGUUCAAUCUGCUCUGGGUACUGCUGCUGACCGUUUCAAGCAUUAUGCUGAUACACGUCGAGGUGCCAACCCUGUUUAUCAAGUGGGUGAGAGGGUUUGGUUAUCUUUUCGUAACAUCAGGCUAAAAGUCCCUAGCAUGAAAUUUGCUCCUAGGUUCCUUGGACCUUUUCGUGUCCUUCGUAGGAUCAGUCCUGUUGCGUACUCUCUGGCCCUUCCGGCCUCCUUGAAAAUUCCUAAUACCUUUCAUGUGACUUCCCUGUUUUUUGGCAUCCCUGACUCCUGGCUUUUCCUUAUUGUUGUGUCUCUGUAUCCCUUGACUUCGGCUAUUCCUGACUAUUCUUUGGUACGUUAGUCCGGCCAUUCUAAGGUCCGGUAUACGUUACCUAUUCUCUGUGUUACACAAUUCUACGUGCUGGAUCAUACUGUAAUCCUGACACACGCUGAAACGCGCGUCACACUAUUUGGUUUUUGUUUUUUCACUAACUCCACUUGGUUAGUUAAGGUUUAUUUAAAUUUUUCUUUUACGAUCAUGAAGGGAGAGAGGUUCAGGUAGGCAUUAGUGGUUAGUCCACGGUGCCGUGGUGAUAUAGGGACAGACCUCAUCUGAGUUUCUGGUUUGGGAUUGUUGUGGGUAGUUUGGGGCUUGGCUCCUUUAUCUUCGCCCCAGUAUCCUUCACCUCUGUAUAUACCUGAUUUUUGGACAUGUGCUGGGGAAAUGCUCAGUUUAGGUUUAGACCCUCUUAGUUGCUCUGUUUAUCUUAGCAAACCUGGCUGCAUAUCUAUAGAUAUUUCUGUAUGUGCAUAUAUGUACACAUAUUGCAUAUAUACCUUUCUAUCUCUCCCUUUUUCUUUCUACAAACUCCUGUUUUUUACUUAGGAAUAUUACAGGUAGGGCUUCCCUUCUUUAAAUUUUGUGCUACUCUCCCAAUUAGGACUUAUAGUCCACUCCUGUCUAUAUUGUAUUCUGUGGGUUAUUUCCCCAACUUCUAGGAGAGUAACAUUGGGCACCUUUGUAGCUAAUCCACUAGCCCCCAGUAAUAUUGGGACUUCUGGAUCAGCCCCUAUCUAUUCUUAUUUAUUUUUUUUGUGUGUGUGUGUGUGUGUAUAUGUGUAUAUAUAUAUAUAUAUAUAUAUAUUUGACGUCAUAUUCCGGCUUCAUUAAGCAGCGCGGAGGGAGAUGAGCAGGAAGAGCUCAGGUGAGUAUGCUCCCUCGCUGCCUUCCGCCCGCCUCGGGGGGGCUCAAAAGUGGCCAGCCGGCCAGCUCUUGAGUCCCCCAGGACACGAGGCAAACAGGGGAUCUGCCUGGGCGUUUGGGGGCCGCCCCCUGCAAAGUGCUGUCCAAGGCAGAUGCAUUGUUUGCCUCACGAUAGACACGUCCCUGGUACUAACCACUGCAUACCAGUAACACCCCACAAGACUUGCCGUUUUAAAGGUGCACUGACGCUGUAAGUCCCCUUAAGGACCAAACUUCUGGAAUAAAAGGGAAUCGUGACAUGUCACACAUGUCAUGUGCCCUUAAGGGGAAAAAAGUAAUUGGUCAACAAUAAUUCCAUCCCAUCACUAGCCUUUACUGUUUGGCCCUGUAAAAGUCAGAUCUUUUUCCCUUGAACUAACUGUUCACUUCCUGUCUAAUAUAUCAGACCUCUUGACAGGUGCCAUUGUAACAAUAUUAUCAAUAAUACUUCACCUGUCAGUGGAUUUACUGUUGUCUGAUUAGUGGUGUAUGUGUGUAUGUAUGUAUAUGUAUAUGUGUGUGUGUGUGUGUGUGUGUGUGUGUGUGUGUAUAUAUAUAUAUACACACACACACACACAUCUCUCAAUUCUUUAUUCCUGAAGCAUUGUAACAAUUUUUUACUUCUUUUUUUUUUUUUUAAACUUUGGUCUAAAUUUAAUUUCAUUUUUAAGGGAAACUGUUUUCCUGGCACUGGAAUCUGUUUUCCUGGCUCUGCAGGUCCCCUCUCCCUCCCACCCCCCAAUCACCAAUCCCCGGUUGCUGAAGGGGUGAAAACCCCUUCAGUCACUUACCAGAGGCAAUGACAUGUCCCAUGUCGCUGCUUCUCCUUCUCUGCAUUACGUCGGCCGAUGGGCGAGAUUGAUCCCGCCCACCGGCCAGGAGACCUAAUGCGCAUGUGCGGCAAUACCGCACAUGCGCAUUAGAGCUCCCCAUAGGAAAGCAUUGAAAAUGUUUUUCAAUGCUUUCCUAUGGGGAAUUGAGCGACGCUGGAGGUCCUCACACAGCAUUUUCUGUGCUAUGAAGGAGGAAGUGCCCUCUAGUGGCUGUCUAGUAGACAGUCACUAGAGGUGGAGUUAACCCUGCAAGGUAAUUAUUACAGUUUAUAAAAAAAAAAAUAAUUACACUUGCAGGGUUAAGAGUAGUGGGAGUUGGCACCCAGACCACUCCAAUGGGCAGAAGUGGUCUCGGUGCCUGGAGUGUCCCUUUAAUCGAAUUAUGGUGGUUUAGAACAGUAUUUUACCAUUCAAAUUUGGUUCCCAUUGGUUUAUUUGAGCGUUUAUUCAUUUUUGAGCAUUCGGUUGUAAUUCUUAAGCAUUCGAUCUGGCUGAGCCCUAGUUUAAUUAAGUAGCAUUUCUUUUGGUUUGAUUUUAUUUAUUUAGUUGUUAUUCCUUAACCAUAAUUUCUCAUUUUUGGUGCCAUUGACAAAACUUUGAAUCAUGAAUAACACGAAUAGACUCGCCUGUUGUCAAGUUUGGUUUAUUCAUAAUUUGGCCACAUGUCGGUUUGGAGUUACAACAUUUAGAUGUUGCACAAAUCACCCAAAAUUCUAAUGAAUUUGCAAUUCAGGACAAGCCAAAUACACAACUCUCGCUUUAUAUGAUUCUGCACAUAUUUUUGCCCCUGUCAAAAAUAGGCAGUUUUGACCUGACUAUUACUGACUUUUCUUGAGUUCUGGUACCCUAGCUUGUUUCCCAAUUUGUUGAUUUUAUAUACCCUUGAUCUUGGCUUGUGUUUAAUCAUUCUAAAUGUCUGCAAGUUACUAUUUUUAGAAUUUCCAGGGAACAUUGUGAAUUAGAGCCACCUGUAAUGCCCAGAAAAAUUAUACUUUACUUUCAUAUAUUUUUUUAGUUUGUUUGUUUUUUGGCUUGACUUUAAUUCUCUAUGUUAAGCACACCUGUUCUACAAGAUUAUAAUAUGACUGUGAACCCUACAAACAACAGGUAGCCUAUUGUCAGGCAUGUGGAAGACUUGGCCUAAUGUUUAAACCAAAUUGCUCAGGCUUUACAAAAUAUAUUCACAGUACCUUACUAACCUGAGUUACAGACUGACACUGUGUUUGCUUCUGCAGUUACUAUGAAGAUAUCCGUGUGCAGACAGUUUUGUUUCCACUCUUAGAUAUGGAGGCAUCCCAGCAAUGUCUGUGGGUUAAUUUAUAAGGUGGUUAUCCAUUUUAAACUAUCUUCAAAAUCCUUUUCUUUGGAUGGUGCAAAAGAGAACUUCAUUAGAACUUUUUUUAACAGGUAAGUAAUAUAUUAUGAACUGUUUCCAACAACUGGAGCGCCAGGUGCUAGAGACAACCGGAUGGAAGAGGAAGGUGGACGGACAAAUUCAAGUUCCUGUAACUUUCAUGGCCACUGGACCCCAGCAGAGAUGUCACCGUUUAUAAGAAACCAUAACAGAUGAAGUUGACGCCAUAGACUUACCCACAGAUUUAGAGAACAUUAUUACAGGUCUGUCCCAAAAAAUACUUGAGAACUUUUGUUCCUUGAUACGACUGACCCCACAUGCUCUUUUCCUGAACCCUUUUGACAGCCAUUAGAAAAACCUAUGCAGUAGUUCUUUACCAAUUUAUGUCAGGAAGCCAUAUAGGAGAGAGGCAACAGUGGAGCUACCACCAGGACAAAUGGUGCAGCUGCAUGUGGGUGCGCAUGCUCGGGGGCAGUUCAUAAAGUGGCCCAUGCACUUAGAGCUUUUCCAUGGUCAAAGUGUUUUCAGGGCUCUGUCAUGCACUGCAGCCCUUUCACAGUGCGACUGUGCCCCUGUGAUACCGCAGUGCUGGGAGGACGUGACAGCAGGAAGUGACCCCAGGGAAGCUACCGUCCUGCAGGUAGGAAACAGUAGGGUUGCUUAAUACGUGUCAUUUUGCGCACGUCUGUAUGUAUAUCUAUCUGCGUGUCUGUGUCUGUGUAUCCGUAUAUGCAUCUGUGUGUCUGCGUGUCUAUAUCUAUCUGUGUCUGUGUAUCUGUGUCUGUGUGUCUUUGUUUCAGUGUAGCUAUCUGUGUGUCUUUGUGUAUCAGUGUAUCUAUCUUUGUAUAUGUGUGCCUGUGUGUCUUUGUAUCUGUGUGUCUGUAUGCGUAUCUGUGUUAUUAUUUGUAUGAGUGUCAUUGUGUGUUAGUGUCUUUGUAAAUGAAUGUGUGUUUAUGUAUUUGGGUGUGUUUGUCAGUGUAAAUGUAUAUGUGCAUAAAUCUUAGCAUUGAAACUCCCAACACUACACACAAAUACACUUUUGCAUUCAAACUUCAACACUGCAUACAAACACACCUCUACAUUCAAAGGCAAACACUACAUACAAGUAAACCACUGCUUUCAAAUGACAACAGUACAUAAAACACACAUCAUUAUACACAAAUACAUCCUUACAUUCACACAUAGACACUUAAAGGACCACUCUAGGCACCCAGAUCACUUCAGCUUAAUGAAGUGGUCUGGGUGCCAGGUCCAGCUAGGAUUAACCCAUUCUUUUAUAAACAUAGCAGUUUCAGAGAAACUGCUAUGUUUAUGAAUGGGUUAAACCUUCCCCCAAAGCCUCUAUCGGCUUUCUCAUUGACAGCCACUAGAGGCGCUUGCGUGCUUCUGUGAUAGAAUUUUGCACUGUUAUUUUGGAUUGCCACCACAAACUUACCUUAUACUUCCAUUGAUUCUUCUUCUCUUCCUCUCUCAAAAUCUGUUCUUCUUUUCUUAAUUUCUGAUCCAUUUCUCUUUAAAAUAUAACAUAAAGUAGGGUCAAUUUUGUCUUAUGUAUUUUUCCUACACUUGAUAAUUGUGACAAAUGGGUGGAGCUUAAGGCAAAAUCCACUUCCUUUAAGUAACAAGUACUGUUACUACUAAGUAAAAAGCUUAGCAGUACAAAUAUAUUGCAAAUGAAAUAAAUAAUAAAAUUAAUAUUUUGCCAAAUUUAUAAAUCGCUGUACAUAAAAAUAGAAUUUAAAUUAAAAUUUCCCCCAAAUUUUUAAACUUGAAAACUGUAUAACAAAUCAUGUAAGCACUCAGUGGAUAUAUCCUCAAUGCACUGCUUCACAUUGGUACCAUAACGAAAUAAGAAAUUUAAGAUAACCAUCAGAAUUCAUCAAGUAUCAUAUACCAUGUGUAUAGCCGAGAUAUUAGCCAAGUAUGGAUUUAGAAUAAGGAAGAAGUGUUGCUUGUGAUAUAAAAGCCACUCUUUUUUAUUAAAGUUUUGCCUUUUUUCAUAUAAACAAUAGUUUGGUUCAGAUUACUGAUUAAUAAUUUGAGAUCACAGUUUUAAUGGAGAAAGCAUUGCUGCUUGUCUCUGCCUGCACACUGGCUGGAUAUUACCAUAAUGAUUUAUGGUCUGGCAGAUUGAGAUCUCUUUAUAAAUAGCAGAAUUUAAAUGAGCCUAUAAAUACACAGCCUGCAACCUCACCCGUUACAUUCUUGGCUUUCCUACCAAACACACAUACACACACACAUUGAGAGAUAGAGCAAGAAUAAAAAGGGAAGGGGGAGCACCCAUGGUACAUAGUACACACAGUAACUCUGCAAGUUGUCUGCAUUCAUAGGUGUUGAUACCAAUUUCCAUUAUCAAGGGGGAUGCCAUCUGGUAAUUAAAGAACUUGUGAAAGAUUUUUUAGACUUGUCAAAUUAAUACAUUAUCAUUUAUAAUAUAUAUUUCAUAGGGGGGGGAAAAAAGAAAUGUGAAUUUAUUUUAGUAUUAAACACAAUCUCCACUAAUUGUAAUGCCUUUUAUUUUAUUUAUUUUUUAAUAAAUCACAUUUGCCCUGCUUACUUUCUGGGCAGGAAGGGGAGCAAUAAUACAUUCCCUGGUGAUCCCAUAGAUUCCCUGGUGGUCUAGAGUGCUUCCAGUAAUUCUGUAGGCCUUCCAGUUGGGCGCUCGGUGAGGAAGUCAGAGCCGAGGCUAGGAAUCCUGGUGCCUCAUAUUGACUCCCUCACAGAGCACCGGACAUUGAGAGACCAUAAUUAGAAUAUAAACCACCAGGGAAUGAUUUCUAAAGGGCCAUGCAGGGAGAUGUUUUAAUCUCCCAUUUGGUAUGAGGGCAGCCAGCUCAGUCGGAGUUCCAGGCUCAGACCAACACUCACCGAGUCCUUGACGGCUGUCGUGGUUGCCUUAUGGGUAAUCUGGUUGUGGUAAAUUGUCAGUUGUACUGUCUUGAGUGGGUAGAACCUUUCUUUUCAUUUGACACUAUAAGACACAGAUAUAGUUGUCAUUUUUAUCCCUCUAAGAUAUUUCAUUGAUGUAUAUGUAUUUAGAUCGCAAUGAUUGCAUUCCAACAUCGGCAAAUAGCUUGGAAUGAUCCCAAAUAGUGCAAAUAAUAAUUUUUCCAUUAAUUAAAAAAAAAAACACUUUUAAACUAAUAAGAUUCUCAGUGAGAAAAAGGGCAGUGAUACAAAUAAGCCAUGCCUACACAGGAAGUGAAGAAGGAGCGGUGUAACGCAUUAUGCAUUUCAUUGAACAGAUGAUCGCAAUCUUGAUAAUCAAAGGGGUAUUAAAACAGCAAUUGGAGUUCACUAUUUAUCAAACUGAGGAAGCCAUUGGGUCAUAUUAGUUACACUGUAUUUUUAUGAGUGUUUUGAACUCUGCAAGUAUUGACUUUUUAUAAAAUAUUUUGUUUUACUAUUCUAUAUUUAAUAAAUUGUUUAUCCAAGCAACACUUAAAGGAAUUGUCCUUCUCUGGUAUUUUUUUUUUUUAUUCUAUAUUUAAAGGGAAACUAUAGUGUCAGGAACACAAACAUGAAUGUUCUAAAACCACUAUUUAGGAGGUCGGCCCACCUUACCUCGGGUUAGAAAGAUGAUUUACUCACCUUUUUCCAGCGAUGCGCAGGACUACUUGCGUCUGGCCCCACUCUUGAUCAAGCAGCUGUUACCCCACUAAUUAGAAAUUAUAUCCCAGUAUGUUAUGUUUUUGCAAGUAUUUAUCCAAUUGCAGUUUAAACAUCUGUAUGGACUGUGAUAAAACCACCUCUUCAGGCAGAGAAUUCCAUAUCCUUAUUCCUUUUAAUGUAAAAAAAUCCCUUUCUUUGCCUUAGAUGACAUCUUUCUUCUAGCCUAAAUAUGUGACCUUGUGUCCUAUGUAUAGCCCUGUUGAUGAAUAGAUUUCCAGAUAAUGGUUUGCACUGGCCCCGAAUAUAUUUGGAUAAUGUUAUCAUAUACCCUCUGAGGCACUGUUUUUCCAAACUAAAGAGAUUUACAUUUUUUAACCUUUCUUCGUAAUUAAAGUGCUCCAUUCAUUGUAUCAAUUUUGUAGCUCGUCUCUGCACUUUUUCUAGUGCCAUGAUAUUCUUCUUUAGAAUGGGUGCCCAAAAUAACACAGCAUAUUCAAGGUGUGGUCUUACCACCGAUUUUUAAAGAGGCAAAAUUAUAUUUUCAUCCCGAGAAUUUAGGCCCUUAUUUAUACAUAUAGUAAAAACCAUAUUCCCUCUUUCCACAUCCCUAUGUAUUUUUAAACAAAUGGAGGUUUUUAGUUACCUCCAAUGGCCAUGAGAGGAUAAGCACACCUGCCACAUCAAGGCAGACCUCUUAGGUGGGUCCUAACGCUAACCAUUCGCCUUGCUUCCUUGAGCUUCUGGCAAAAAUAUCUCUGAGACAGGAAGGGGUAUUUUUUAUAUACAUCCCUACAUGCUUAUUACCCUUAAUAGGGAACACAUGGGAUGGGCAGCAACAUUGCAUCCUAGCUGUGUGAUACAAAAGUGAAUACAAAUACAAAGAAACUAGUUCUGUGCUCAAACUCCCAUUACUCCUGGGCGGCAGCAAUAACUAUAGUACACAUCAGCCAAAAUACAUAUAGUAAAAACCAAAGAAAAAAAAAGUUACCUGUGCUCUUUCCACAUCCCUAUGUAUUUUUAAACAAAUGGAGGUUUUUAGUUACCUCCAAUGGCCAUGAGAGGGUAAGCCCACCUGCCACAGCAAGGCAGACCUCUUAGGUGGGUCCUAAUGCUAACUAUUCGCCUUGCUUCCUUGAGCUUCUGGCAAAAAUAUCUCUAUUUAUACAUGACAAAACCUUACUGGGCUUAGCAACUGCAGAUUGACAUUGCAUAUUGCUGCCUAAUUUGUUGUCUAUAACAGUCCCCAAAUCCUUCUCGUGUGUGGUUAUCCCUAAUUCACUACCAUUUAGGGUGUAAGUUGCUUGUGUAUUCUUGACCCCGAAGUGCAUAACUUUGCAUUUCUCUAUGUUAAAUUUCAUCUGCCAUUUUAGUGCCCAGUCCCCCAAUCUAUCCAAAUCCCUCUGAAGCAAAGCAAUAUCCUGCUCACAUUUUAUUACUUUACAAAGUUUUGCGUCAUCUGCAAACACUGAAACAUGUCUUUCAAUGCCUAUUUCAAGAUCAUUUAUAAAUAUUUCAAUAGAAGCAGUCCCAGAACAGAACCCUGAGGGACACAACUUGCCACUUUUGUCCAGCCUGAAAAUUUAACAUUAAUGACAACACGUUGUACUCUUAAGCCAAUGUUCUGCCCAAGAACAAGAAUAAUCAUCUAGACUAAUUUAUUUUAGUUUGAAGACUAACCUAUUGUGAGGAACCGUAUCAAAUGCCUUGGCAAAAUCCAAGUAGAUCACAUCCACUGCAUAACCCUGAUCUAUACUUCUACUUCUUCGUAGAAUGCAAUUAGGUUACUUUAGCAUGACUUAUGUUUCAUAAAACCAUGCUGAUUUUUGCUAAUAACAAAGUUCUUCCCAAUGAAUUCCUGAAUAUUAUCCCUCAAUAGCCCUUCAAAUAUUUUCCCAGUCACAGAAGUUAAACUCACAGGUCUAUAAUUUCCAGGCAAAGAAUUUGAACCCUUUUUAAAUAUAGGAACAACAUCUGCCUUCCUUCAGUCCUCUGGUACAAUACCUGAAACAAAAGAAUCUUGAAAAAUUAAAUAAAGAUGUUCACUUAUUUCCCCACUUAGCUCCUUAAGGACUCAUGGGUGAAUACUGUGAGGCCCCGGAGCAUUUACAUUAAUUUUCUUUAACUGCUGUAGCACCUUGUCUCGAGUCAUCCAAUCACAAGUUAUCUGCAAGUUUUUUGCAGCAAUGAUUUGCAUAUCUCUUGCCAUAGGAUCCUCAUUAAUAUAUACUGAAAAUGUCUGCAUUUUCCUGGUCUUCAUUAGCUAACAGACCCAUCUCUGUUUCCAGUGUACCUACACUUUAAUUUAAAAAAAUAAAUAAUUUUUUUUUACAAUUGAUAUACUUGGGGGAAAAAAUUGGGGUUGGUUUUGCAUUCUUUGGCUAUCAAUUUCUCAUUUUCUAGUUUAGCCACUUUAAAGUGGCACUGUCAUGCCGAACUUACCUUUCCCCAAUCAAUUCCUCUUCUCUCCCUCUCUCAGUAUCUGUACUUAAUUUCUUCCUGUAUGCUCUAGUUUUCUUUAAACCAUAAGACAAUGUAGGGACUAUUUGCCUUAUGGAGGUUUCCUACGCCUGACCAUCUCUGACCAGCAGAGGAGAAAAGUGUGCUUCAUUUCCGGUGGUCACAGAAGUUUUCCCACAAUUCUCACCUUUCCUCAGUGUUCCCGCAAUACUUCCUUUCACUUUUCCCGAACAUCCUGUCAUUUAGACAGAACACCAGCGAAACUGCCGAAUUGCGUCAUAACAGAAUGAGAACAGUUUAAUUCAUGUUAGGACUCAAUUCAGGACUUUGUUCGGAUCGGAAUUUAAUUUGAAUGAAUGAAACUCCGAUCUGAUUCAAUGAAACUCCGAUUUGAUUCGUGCCGCGGCUGCAUUUUGCAGCCGUUUAGUAGAUAACUCCCUAACUCCCACAGUAUCAGGGCGCUAUCUACCAAAAGGCUGAAAGACCUAAAUUCUGCCCUUACUCGCUAUGCCAUGAGUAGGGGCAUGUCUAUUAAACAGUGAGCAGCAAGUGCAGACUCAAGGUCGGACCUAUUGGAUUCCAAGCAAACCAAUCCGAGUGCUCUGAGUCAAAUUGCAGGGCGUGGGAAGGCUUUAUAAGCCUUUCACCGCCCUGCGGAGCUCAGUCUGCACCAUGCCUUCGGCAAGUUCGACGGCUAUUAUGUUUUUGUUUUUUUUAACCUUUUUUGGGGCUGAAAAAUGAAGAUUUUAGAAAAAAGACAUCAAAUGGUAAUUUUUUUUUUCUUUUUACAGGUACUUAGUUCUUUUAUUCCCCCCUCACUAUUUUUAGUGUGAAGGGGUUAGGUAGGGCUUUAUUAAUUCUUGAUUUGGGGGGGAGUGACUAGGGGCUUGGGGACCCCCAGUCACCUUUGGGGGGGGACAUUUUAAUUUAGGGCCGCCACUCAGGGAUGGGGGGACAAUAGGUGUGUCCCCCCUUAUGUUAUUUAUAGCCCCCACCCACCACUCGGGGGGGGGGGCAAUAGGUUACCCUCCCCCCUCAUUGCUAUUUAGGGCCCCCACCUGGCACUCAGGUAUGGGGGCUGGAGGGAAGGACAAUAGGCCCCCCAUUCUCAUUUUGGGCCCCCACCUGCCCCCCCACAUUCUCAUUUAGGGCCCCCACCCUUCGCUCAUGGGUGGGGGCCAGGGGCUCGCUAGUUAAUAGAUGCCUCACCAUAGGGUCAUUUUUUAGAAGAGGGGCGCUUUUUUUUUCUUUAAUACAACAGUGAACAGCCACAGGCUGCUCACUGUUUAGUAGACAUGCCCCUACUCGCGGCAUAGUGAGUAGGGGCAUUAAGGAGAUUUAUCUCCCUUAUGCUACUAUGGGGGUCCCUGCCACUUCUAUUUUGACAUUUUACAAGGAGGGAGCUGUGCGCCGGUAGCUCCCUCCUUGUAAUAAACUGAACGAACACCGAUAUUCAGUGUUGGUUUGUCCGUCUGACCUUUCUAUUCAUUCAUUCGUCUUUCUGACUAAUGAAUAGAUGAAAUUCCCAUUCGCAUGCCCAUGUGUUUAACUGGGCAUGCAAGGGAAUUUCACAUCGCUAUCUAGUGUGGGUAGAUGACGUUUCCCACCGGGCCUUCAUCUACCCACACAAAGAUGGUGGCGCCCAGAACCUAGUUUCAGGCAGAAAAUAAGGUUUUUCAAAACUAGGUAAUAUGGGGGGCUUAAGGGCAUUUGGGGGUGACUAGGGGGCAAUGAAAGUGCCACUUUAAUUGCCUUUUUUGCAAGCAUUAUUGGCUUCCUUAUAUCUUAUAUAGGAUGCCUCUGAUUUGUCCGAUGUAAAUUAUUUAAAUGCCCUUUUCUUGUUUUACUUCUAAGCCACAUUGGUUUCAAUUUGUUUCUUUUAUAUUUAUUACCCAAUGGUACAUACUGAGAAAUGUACCUUUCUAAUAUUUGUUUGAAUAGUUUCCAUUUAUCCUCAGUGUUUUUUUCACUAAGGAAUUUAUGCCAGUUGAUAUGUUGUAGAGCUGUUGUAAUCAGAAUCUCUUCAAAGUGAUUAAUUGAAUCAAUGCAUCUCGAUGUGGAAUGCUCUGCAUGGAGAUGCUGAACAUUCAUGCUGCACACUGUGCAGCACUGUCCCUGAAAGUACUUCUAGUGGCCAUCUGGGGAGUGGCCACUAGAGUUGUUCCUAGGAUAUAAUGUACACACUGCCUUUUUUCUAAAAAGCCUGCGGGGACUCUCUAUACUCACCAGAACAACUACAUUAAGCUGUAGUUGAUCUGGUGACUAUAGUGUCCUUUUUUAUUUCAUUAUUCAUUAGAUGCAAAAAACAUUGUUGUAUGACAUUGAAACAAAAUGACAAUAAGAAAUAUUGUACAUCGUGACAAAUCGUCACAUUUAGUUGGUCUUCCAGGUGUCUCCUUCUGUCCUAUAGGAUUGUUAGUAAAAUGAUAAACCAUGAAAAUGGAUUGAUUUAACAAGGGAAAGGGUUGGGGGAUUGAGGAAAGUAACGCAGCAUGUGAUCACCAAUUCACAACCCAUUUAUCCAUCUCAUUCCUUUUAGUCAUAUCGUCCAUGUAUCCUUCUCAGUAAUUUUUAAAGGACCGCUAUAGUCACCCAGAGCACUUUAACCCAGGUUUUAACCCUGCAGCUGUAAACAUAGCAGUUUCAGAGUUUCACAUUGCAGGCUUUCUUUCAAAGAAGUGUUCAGCCACAGGUUUGCCCAUAUCUCCACCUCUAUAAGCCAUUCAGAUACUCGAACGAUGGCCCUUGAUGCGCUCACCUUAGGGGGUUUCUGUCUUUCCAACGUAGGCUAUACCACAUUGGCAGGACAGUUUGUAAAGCUUGUUUUACAAGUAACCUGAUGAUGUAUAGCAAAUUUGUUGCCAGUAUGUGGGUGAUCAUAUGCCCACAGGUCACACACCCGAGGCAUUUGACACAUCCCAAGUUUUGCUGUUGUGUGUUCGGCAUGUAACUUUCUGGAGGAUCUGUUUGGAUGAAGUCUCAAACUAGUCUUUUUUGUAGCAUAAUAGGGUGUGCUUUUCAAAAUUCACUGGCAAACUUCCAUCUUAUGCUAAUAAUUUCCAGUUUGAAUGAACAAUUUUGGUUAACUUAGUUGUUGCUGAAUUGUACAUCAUUGGGAAGACCAUCUUCUGGGCUGUGCUUGUUUACAGUUUCAAUUCUCCUUCUCUAGCUGCCCUUAGCACUGUUUGCAAGUCCCUAUAUUGGUAGCCACAAUUACGGAAUCUAUCUGUCAUCUCAACAAUUGCUUCUCCAUGGUGGUGAAAUUGAAGUUAUUCCUAAUUAUUCUUUGGCCUUUGGCAAAGAUAUCUUUAGAGCAAUGGGAUAUGUGCUUGUGGCAUGAAGGAUGGUAUUUCUAUCUGCUGGUUUUCUGACAAGUGUAUAUUCUACAUUUUGGUUCCGGACAGAGAUCUCAAAGUUCAAAUAUUGCACUCUUUCCCUGUUGAUGUUGGCAGCAAAUUUGAUCAGUGUGGAUUGGAGAAUCAGAGGUUCUUCCAUCUCAUACGCCUCUUCCAGUAAUCCUUCUCAGAACAUCAGUUCAACAUCGAUGUUUCUAUAGUAUCCAUGUAUUUGUGCAAGGUACUUUGUAAGAAUGUAUGUAGUUUCGAAUUGGUACAUGUAGGCGUUCGCGUACAUGGGUGCCAUCGCUGCACCCAUGGACGUGCCCGCCUUUUGCUUGAACAAUUGCCUCUCAAAUCUGAAGUUCUUUAGAGUUAGAGCUAAUAUUGCUAGUACAAACUCUACCUGUGGUCCAUUAUAUUCCUGUGAAUGUGUAAGUACUUCUCUCAUUUAUUUAUUACUGCUAUUUAUAAAGCGCCAACAGAUUACUCACCGCUGUACAAUAAGUGGAGGACGUACAAUAUACUCAGACAAAAACAAAAGGUUGAGGAGGCCCUGCCUGUAAGUUGAUAUCUAGCCACUGAAGCACUUUUAUACAAAGUGCUUAGUUAGAUUGCCCGUGAGCUUACAAUGUAAAGGUAAAAUAGGGAAAUGACACAAGAGGUAGCAGAGGAAAUUGAAGGUGAUUCAACUGUGACUGCAGUGAUUGAGUGAGGAUGUGAUUGACUGUGGUUGGAAACAGCUGGAGGAGUCAUGCUAUAUAGUUAGAAGGAACCAAGGUGGGCAGGAGGAGGGGCGGGUAGGUAAAGCAGAGUAGAAAUGAAGAUUCUUAGUUGCAAAGAUGUUAGUUAUAUUGGGCCUGAGGAAUAAGAAGAAGGAUGCACAGUUAUAUAAAGGAAUUUACAGCUAGUAGUGGCAAACAGGAAUAAGGUGGGGUUGGGGGAGGAGAGGGAGGAGUGGUGGAACAGACUAGCCAUUUGUUGCACAUAUUAAAAUAUUUGCCUAUUAAAUCCUAUCAGCCAGAUUAUUAAUUACUACAGGGUAACUGCAAGUACAAAUAUUACAGUAGUAAGCUAUAAGUAAAAAUGGUGAAAUAGUAAUAAUAAAUUAAUAUGUAGUAAACAGGUGGAAAGAAUCCUGUGAGGUAUCUUCUGAAUCCCAGUCCAUACCUUAAAGCAGCAGUUUUCAAAUGAAGAUUCUUAGUUGCAAAGAUGGAAGUUAAAUUGGGCCUUCUAUUCCAGCUUCAUGUGAGAUUACAAUGUAGAGAAAAUGCUUAUUUAUUUAAUGUUUAUUUUUCAAUAACUCCCAAAAUAGCAAAAUUUUCUUCUUUAAAAACAUCUUGUAUUUUUAUUUCUAUACAUACAUUGCAUGUUUUACAAUACUAGAGAAAAAAUCAUUGGUAUCAGAUAAAUCUCAAUUUCAGUUUAAAAAAACAAAACUUUGUCACUUUAUCAACAUUUUUAUACAGAAAAUGUAAGAGCUUCAAUAUUUCACUUUUUGAAAAUAAAAUGUAAAAAGAAAGAAAAAAAAAAUAAGGGAAGGUAGAAUAUAUGUAUUAUUAUCUAAAUUGUCUUUUCUUUGGAUUUGUACUUAUUCACUGUGGGGAUUUUUUUAAAGAUGUAAUGUCUACAUUUAUUUAUCUCGGCCUACAUUUUUUGUUUAAGGCACUAAGCAUUAUAUACGUGUGAGUGUUUUUUUUUUUGGGGGUUUAUUACAGAUUACAUUUUAACAUACAUAGUGAUAAGUACUGUGUGGUCCACUUCAAAUUUGAGUUGCGUGAUGUUUUCCAAGAGUCUAUUAAAGUCCUUUAUACAUGUAUCUAAAUGUUUUAUCGGCUUUUUAAAAAAAUCGAGCCAACGUGCUAUUAGCUCAUACUCUUCCAAUGGCUAAUACUAUGGUGCAUGCACUGGGUCUUUAUGUAUCUUAAUGAAAAGGUAUUGAUAUAGUGUUGUAUUUAUGUAUCCAACUCCAAGUCCCAAAAUUAGCUUAUUCGAUCUUAUUCAUGACUUCUUGUGUGGAAUCUUUAUCCAAUCAGAUGUAGGUAUUGCUAUUAUUUAGUUUGUUUUUAAGUACUUUGACAUAUUCUACAUAAUCCAUUACAACUAUACCCCCACCUUUAUUGGUUGGGAGGAUUGCAAUAGUUGAAUCAUUGGCAAGAUUUCUUAUGGAUUCUCUCUGUUCUUAAGUCAGAUUAAGAUGUAUUACUUUGUGCUUUUGUAUUACUUUCAUGAUCUCAAAUCCAACUGUGGAUAAAUAAGUCUUAAUAGAGGGUACUUUUAGGAUCAAAACGUAGAGAUAGGACGAGCAGGUGUACAAGUGAUAUUCUGUGAUGAUUCCUGGCUAUAAUUUUUUUUGUAAUGUAGUCUUAAAGCCUAAGCAUUCUCCCAAAUUGAAAUAAUUCCACACUCCAAUUAAAACAUUGUGGUGUAGUUUUUGACAAAAAUGUUAAACCUUUACUUAGUACGCCUUCCUCGUCUACCGUCAAUGUGCGCUUAUACAGGUUGAAGACAGGGAUUGCUUCCUUAAGGGGGGGGGGGAGGGUUUCCCAUGAGGACAUAUACUCUACCCAUGUGUCCUCUUCGUGUUCUUCUUUUUCUACCGGUCUGUGGCAGCUGCGGGUGAUUGUGCCUCCACCUGUUACUCCUUAAAAAAGGUGCUUCAUUAUUUCUUUCUCUGAUGACUGAUUGCCAGGUGAAAUGUGUAUAUUUGUUAUUUUGGGUCCGUGUAUACUCCUUCUUGGUCUCCUAAUCUUAGUUGUAUGCCCACCUGUUCACCAGCUGUACCCCCUAUGGUCCUUAUAGUUUUGUUUCCAUCUUCUGUUUUUUUUAAAUUUGACCAAUUCGUAUUUUAUAGCUCAGCAAUUCUUCUUUAAAUUAUAGUAGUAACUUCACCCCUUCCUGGGAGGCUAGGAACUAUGCAUGCGGUGUUUCAAACUGAUUUUAUGUCUAAUUUCAGUUAGGUCAUUUUCAGCAUCUUUUAUGAAUAUUAACAUUAGAUCCAAUGAGACUUUGAGGACUGAUGUCCAGUCCCUUGUAAUAAUCGGCUAAGAAGAGGCCAUGAAGAUCCAUGUCGAUUUUCUUUUUAUGCAGUUGUGGUAAUUGAAAAUAGACAUCAUUUAUGGUAAAUUUACUAGGUAGUUCAAAACUAGACUGGCUCCAUCAAAUUUUGCUGACUUUCUCUGGCGUAAAUUUCCUGCUCUGCAAAAUCUCUUGCUUGCAUUAAAAACUCAUCCAUAUUUAAAUCAUGAGUUAGAGGUUUCUAAUGUAUUUAAUUUUAAUAAAUUACCGGUGCAUAGAUGAGUUCACAGUCAUGUACCUAAAGUAUACAAAUAUAGUUAAAGUCCUUGAUUUCUUGCUUCAUAAAUAUUAUAUGCAGGGUGCUCAGACCUAACUGUUAUACAAAAUCAGAAAAGUUUGGUAGCACUCAUGGUCUUUUACAUAAUUAAAAGAUUUCCUUUAUUGUUCCAUUUGGAUUAUUACAAUAUAGUGUGGUAGAAGUUACAAACACUGGCCACAGUUAGUGUUAAUAUUUGUUUGUGUGUGAAUAAUGUAAAAAACUAAUUUGAAUGCCAAUUUUGGCCAGUGUUUGUGACUAAGUGGCUACUAAAAAAGACUGGACAUACACCAUUUGCAAUACUUUGGAUUGUCUACUUUUGCAAAUGGUAUGCCAUAAUGGGGGUAAUUUUCAUUCCUGGGCUAUCAUACAGCCUCAAAGGCAACGUAACCAAUCUGGUGAAUUUGAAUGUGAAAAAAACUGAAACACAAUAUUCAAUUCAAAAACUUGACUCUGUAACUUUUGAAAACACCAUAAAACCUGUACAUGAGGGGUACUGUUAUACUCAGGAGACUUCGCUGAACACAAAUAUUAGUGUUUCUAAACAGUAAAACGUAUCACAACAAUUAUAUCGUCUGUGUAAGUGCCAUUUGUGUGUGAAAAAUGCAAAUAAAUGUAACUAAAAAAAAAAAAAAAAUAUAUAUAUAUAUAUAUAUAUAUAUAUAUAUAUAUAUAUAUAUAUAUAUAUAUAUAUAUAUAUAUAUAUAUAUAUAUAUAUAAUAUAUUUAUUUCGUUCUUCAUCCCGCACGUCGACUGCAGGAUGACGGUCCUAACCAGGGCCACCACCAGAAAUUUUGGGACCCCUAACUUAGCUCAGGGUCUGGGGCCCACCUCCAAAUACCGCCCACAGGAAUACACACACAGACACAAACACACGCACUGAUACAAAAGGACACAGAUAUAUACUAACAGACACACAUACAGGCAUACAUACUGACACACAUACACACAUAUACAGACACACAGGCAUACAUAGUGACACAGACACAUACUAACAUAUAUACAGACACACAUGCAUGAAGACAUAAAGAUACAUACAUUCAUACACACAUACAUUUAUAUAUACAGACAUACUGACAUCCAUACACACAUACAUUCAUAAUGGCAUACAUACAGACAUACAUUCAUUCAGACUGACAUACAUGCAUAUAUACAAACAUACUGACAGACACACAUACACACAGACAUACGUUCAUAAUGAUAUGCAGAUAUACAGACAUAUAUGCAGACAGACAUAGAUGUUCAUGCAUGCAGACAGACAGACAUAGACAUACAUGCAUUUACAGACAUACAUACAUAGACAUACAUAUACAGACAGACAGACAUAAAUGCAUUCAGACAUAUAUAGACAGACAUGCAUUCACAGACAUACAGAUAUACAUGAAUUUACAGACAUGCAUGCAGACAGACAUGCAUGCAUACAGACAGACAUGCAUACAUAGAAAUACAGACACACACACACAAAGCUCAUUUUCCAGCCACCCUCCUGUCUCUUACCUUGUCUUUGCAGGAGGGUGGCUGGGUCUGAUGGGAGUAGUCGGCUGGCUCUCCCUAACUGCCGGAGUGAGCUGGGAGGAAGUGACCACUUCCUCCCAGCAGCACUUACUGCGGUUGGUUUUUUUUUCACAGCGCUGACCGGGCCCCUGAAGAUACAGGGCCCAUCGGGUGGCCCUAAGUGUAUGGGCCACCCGAUAGGCUCCAUCAGCGUGCGGGCCCCGGUGCAAGUGAAACAGCGGCAGUUCUACUGCCACACGUGGGGGCCGGGCCCCCCAGGGCCGCCGGGCCUGUGACAACCGUUAUGGUUGUCACCCCCUGAUGGCGGCCCUGGUCCUAACCAAUACUCUUAGAGGAGCAUUGGAGACCAAAAGUGCAUAAGCAGUGCGUGUCACAAUCCGCCAGUGAAGCUUUUGUUGUAAAGAAUCAGGAUGCUUGUGGGGAUGAGUGAAUGGGGCUGUUAGGGGUGGAAAUUGAUUUGGGUGUAAGGAGUAGGUGCAAUAGUCUGUUGGUGGGUAGGAGUUUUAGUGCUCGCAUGGGGAAAUAGGGUCUCUAAAGUGUGGGCACAUGGUAGCAUAGAGACUGUAGUGUGGGGAGCAUGGGCUGGGAUGUGUGUGUGGGGGGGGGAUAACCGUUAUCUAUGAGGGAAAAGGAGAUGUAUUAUAGGGGCUCUAAUGUAGGCAGAAGCUCCAGUGUAUGGGGAUAGGGGCUGUAGUGUCGGGCGGUAGAUACUGUAAUGUAGAGGAGAUUAGGGGCUGUAGAUGUUUGUAGAGCAUGCUAAACUACUAUUAAAAAUAAAAAAUAAAUGUGUGUGUGUGUGUGUGUGUGUAUAUAUAUAUAUAUAUAUAUAUAUAUAUAUAUAUAUAUAUAAUAUAUAUAUAUAUUCCAUUCUCCCUCUUGGUUUACUUGGCCUUUGAUGGGAAAGUUAAUCCUUUAAUCCCUGAAGGUCAGAUCAGCUGAUUAUUUGGUCACCACCCCAGGUGCCUGGUGGUGGUUUCCCUCCUCUAGCUGCGCCUCUGCAUUUGAGAGUCUGUGAAUAAAAUAACAUUCUGGCUGGCAAAAAAACACAACCUAACAAUUGGCUCUUUGAAUGUAAUUUAGAGAAUAUAUCUAAAAUGUUCACAUUUACACAUGAUCCUCGCAUUCGAACUAAAUCACAAAAAGCCAAGACUGGAACUUUUGCUCUAACCAACCCAAAAUUUGUAAUCCACUACUUUACUCCAUCAAAUACAUUUGAACAUCAACUUGCUUGGAAAAUUUUAAGUCAUUAAAACAGGCAUUCCAGAUGAUUGAUAGAAAUAGCUACAUUCUUUUCUAGCAAUCUAAUCUUCACAAACGUGCAAGCAAACUUCCAAAAUGUAAUUUGAGUUUAACUUUACCUCAAAAUCAUUCUGCAGACUUUUUAUCCUGGAGAUUCAAAAUUUACAUACCCCUUACCUAGUUGUCUAAACUGCCAGAUAUGAUUAAUUUGUUUUACAAAUCUCACUUUUAGCUAGUGAAUGGCAUAUGAUUUUAAAUGCCGUACAGGGCACUACAAACGGCGAAACCACAUAAAACUGUAAUUAAAAACAAUUAUAUAUAUAAUUUUAUUUAUUUUUUCCCCGGUGGUAUUUUAUGCUACAUUGUUUAGCACAAAUACAUAUGUAACCUCUAACACGGUGUAAGAUUUAGAUCAGGGAUAGGUAACCCACAGCAUGCUGUAGUGGUUUUAGUGCUAGCAAUGCCCCACUGUGACCCCCCUCAAGGCCGAGUAGUCAAGAUAUGGGAACUACAGGCACCAUAACCACUACAGUGCACUUAAGUUGUCUUGGUGUUUUUCAUUUAACCUUCAGAACUUUAUUAUAAACUGCCUUUUAACCCCUUCCCACUGAAUGACGGACCGGGUCCAUCAUGCGGUAAAGUUAACCCCAGAUUGCCUCGAUUGCGGUGUUAGCGCUCUUGUCUGCCCCUCUAUUCGAGGCAGACCGGGAGCACCCGACCGCAGUGAUCGCUCUGACCGGCUGUUAGAGCGAGGAAAUGUGCUGCAGGGACUCAGGAUCCGCCUCCCUGCUCUUCCGUGGUCAGUGUGAAGUGCAGGGAGACUGAUCACUGCUGAUCUGCUUCCCCUGUAAAAAAAUUUAAUAAAGUUAGUUUAAAAUCCCACCCCACUUUACUACAGUGAUCAAUUGGCAGAGACUACAUUUUACUGUGAUCUGAUUUUUUUUUUUAUUUGAUUUUUUUAACCGUGAGGGUUAACUUUUAUUUUUUGUAACACUCAGGGGUUAAUUGUAUUUUAUUAAUUAAUUUAAAUAUAUUAAAAUAAUAUUUGGCUAGCUGGGGUGGGUGGAAGUUAGUGGGGAAUUAGGAAAUUUGGUGUUAGGCUAGCUAGGGGUUAAUGUUAAAAAUUUUCAAAAAAUCCCACCCCCCUUUACCCAGUCCUAAUAAAAAUUAACCCCUUCCCUGCCGGUUGAUAACUACCUACAGUGAUCAAAAUACAGAUCACAGUAUUAUACUUAUCCGAUUUUGUUUUUUUUUGUUUUAACCCAUUAGGGGUUCAAUUUAAAUAUUUUAAAACUAUAUUUUGCUAGCUGGGGUGGGUGGGAGUUAUGGGAAUUUACAGUUAGUGCUGCUUACUGCUAGUUAAGGGUUAUCAGUAAAAAAAAAAAAUUUAUAAAAAUUUUAAAUCUGUAAAAAAAAAAAAAAUUAAAAGUUUUAAGAAAGUUUAAAAACUAGUUUUCAAAAGUUAAAAGGUUAAAAGUAUUUUUUUUUUUUUACUUUAAGGACCAAACUUCUGGAAUAAAAGGGAAUCAUGACAUGUCAUACAUGUCAUGUGUCGAGAAGGGGUUAAAAAUGCUCAUUACCACUACACCUGGAACAAACUAGAGAAAAAAUUAUCCCACGCUAAGGUUCAAAAUAUGCCUUUUGAAUUACAUACUAUUUAUUAAAGAAUACACCGUGGGGUAUUUGUGGGGAAGUUUGAAUAACCAACCAGCUAAACCACUCCAAAAUGGAACAUGGACACAGCGUAAAACUUCAAAGUUAGGAAAAAAAACUGGCUGCGUCUCAAAUAUGCCCCUUCAACAUCCACAUAUACCUGGCACAGACGACAUAGCUGAGCAACAUAUGUAGUAUUAUAUAGUCAUAGCACACAUAAGGUUUGUAAAAUAUACUGUGCAAACUGUGUCAAAAAGGCAGAAAAUGCUUAUUACCACUACACUUGGUACAAGCUAGCGGAAAAAUGAUCCCACGCUAAGGUUCAAAAUAUGCUUUUUGACAUACCCUGGGAUGUCUUCUUUAAGAAAUGGUAUGCCUUUAUGCUGUAGUUGUAAUAUGUAGCCUGCUCAAGUGCUCCAAAUUGGGACACGGAAGCAUCAAAACCCUCCAUGAAAAUUCACACUUAAAAACCUGAACUUGUUAAGUCUUUUACAACACUGUAACUAAACAAAAUAGUGUCUAGGUCAUACGUUGGGCAUAUUGUUUUACUCAGAAUAUGUAACUGAGCAUAAUUUGUGGAUUUUUAUGACAGAGGUACAUAUUAAAUGUAAGAAAUACUCGGCUAAAAUGCAACAUAUACCGUAUUUAUCGGCGUAUAACACGCACCGGCGUAUAACACGCACCUCAUUUUAAGAAGGAAAUUUCAGGGAAAAAAAACUUAAAGGACCACUAUAGUGCCAGGAAAACGAGUAUGUUUUCCUGGCACUAUAGUGGUCCUUUAAGUUUUUUUUCCCUGAAAUUUCCUUCUUAAAAUGAGGUGCGUGUUAUACACCCUCAGGGACCCCCUCCCGCCGGGCUCUGGAGAAAGGAAGGGGUUAAACACUUACCUUUCUCCAGCGCCGGGCGGGGAGCUGUACUCCUCCUCUCCUCCUUGCUCGCGACGUCAUCGGCUGAAUGCACACGCGCGCGCAUUCAGCUGGUCUCAUAGGAAAGCAUUUACAAUGCUUUCCUAUGGACGCUUGCGUGCUCUCACUGUGAUUUUCACAGUGAGAAGCACGCAAGCGCCUCUAGUGGCUGUCAAUGAGACAGCCACUAGAGGCUCUGGAGGCUGGAUUAACCCUCAGUAUAAACAUAGCAGUUUCUCUGAAACUGCUAUGUUUAUAAAAAAAAGGGCUAAUCCUAGAGGGACCUGGCACCCAGACCACUUCAUAAAGCUGAAGUGGUCUGGGUGCCUAGAGUGGUCCUUUAAAUUUCAAAUAAAGAACUUCUAGCCCCCUUCUACUUCCCUCCCUCUCUUCUACUUUCCCUCCCCCUACUUCUUCUACUCCCUCCCCUCUUUCUACCCCUUUCUACUCCCCCUCCCUCUUCUACCCUUUUCUACGCCCCCUCUUACCCCUUUUCUACUCCCCUCUCCCUCUUGCUGCCUCUUCCCCUGAGCUGCCCCCUUCCCUCUCUUUGUUGCCCUCCCCUCUCUUGUUGCCCUCCCCUCUCUUACCCCUUUCCCUUCUUGUUAGCCUCCCUCUCCCUCUUUGUUGCCCCCUCCUCUUUUUUAGCCCUCCUCUUUCUACUCCCUCCCCUCUCUUACGCCCCCUCCCCUCUUUCUACGCCCCUCCUCUUACCCCCUUUCUACUCUCCUUUCUACCCUCCCCUCUUGUUGCCCCCUUAGCCUCCCUCUCCCCCUGUAGCGCGGCCGAGCUGCUUGCUGUCUCAUGUGGUGCCGGAGGGCAGCAGGUAAUUCUGUUGUAUGGGUUAGAAACUCCUGUUCGCGGAACAGGAGUUUCUGUUUCCUGUACCCGGUCGGACUGACAGGAAGGUGCACACUGAGCGUGCACCUUCCUAUCAGUCCGGCCGGCCACCGCGGACGGCAGAGCGGCUCGGCCACGCUACAGGGGAGGUGAGUACCAACUGCACCCGCCUGAGCGCUCUUGACAGAGCGCUCAGGCGGCUGCAGAAUUUAAAGGGCCGGCGUAUAACACGCACCCACGAUUUCUCCCCUAUUUUCAGGGAGAAAAAGUGCGUGUUAUACGCCGAUAAAUACGGUAUGUAAAAAUGGCCUUUUAUUUUUUUUCCCCACCACAAACAUUGACAUAAAUUGGUGAAAAAGUGGUGACAUGUUAAGAAACAAUAUACACCAUAUAAAAUACCCUGGGGUGUCUGCUUUAUCAAAUAAUACCCCUUUGUGGGAUUAUCUGAACAGUCACACUGCUAUAAUACCCUAAAAUGAGAUAUAGGCCCAUCAAAUCCAUAUACAAAAAUUCUAACUAUAGAAACUGAAAUAGCCUUGUGUCUUAUAUGGCAUUGUAGCUUUACAGAAAAGUGCCAAAGGCAUACAAUGGGGAUAUCGUUAUACUCAGCAGAUGUAGCUGAAUACAGUAUUGGGUUCUGUGCAGGAAUAGCACACACCAGCUUUACGAAAUACACAUUACAAAAACCUUGUUAUAUGUUUAUAUGCCAAAAUAAAGAAAAAACAUAAUUUUACUCCAAUAUUUAGCAGAGACUGGCGAUGAAAUGACUACGUAAAAAGUGUCAAACUAACCUUAGGUAAAUAGCCUGUGAUGUAUACUUUAUAUAAAUAUAUACUUUUGUGUGCCAAUUUUGUUUUCUGUGAUGGCUAUUAAACCUGCAAGACAAACCAUACCUACUUCUAAAAUUUUUGCAAAUUGAAAUUUUAUUUUAGUCCUUGUAUUUUGUGACCUGUAACUUUCAAAAUAAGCUGAAAUUCUAUACAUAUUAUGUAUUCUAUAAAUCAAAACACAUAAAUGAGUUUAUUUUGAAUUACUUUUUGUAAGAUGGACAUAUUAUGCACACACUAUUAUUGUUAAAACUGUGAAAAUGUAUUCCAGUUUAUUUUGGCUUUUUUUUUUUAUAAUUAAUGAGAAUGUAUCUGUGUAUAUGUGACAUCAAAUUAAAGCCCUGUUUGCCCUCUAAAAAACGAUAUAUAAUAUGCGUUGGUGCAAUAAAUUAUGCAAAUUGCGUUUGAACACAAACAAUAAAAAAUGCAAAAAUUGUCUUGUGUACUUAAGCCUAAGACAAGCUUCUGAAGCUGUGUCCUUAAAGGGUUAAAAUCUUUUUUUAAACACUACAGGCAAAGCAAUCUGUACAGGUUAUGGUGCUUUUUGUGCACAUUUCUAAAAAAAAAAUAAAAAAAAUAAUUGUUUACAGACUAGUUUUCUUUUAACUGCAUUAGCACAAAAAUAUUGCUACAAUAACCAAUAGGAUAUCAAGAAAAAGUGAUCUGCGUGUUUUACAUGUGUUGUGAUAUAGAUAUUAUGUAGUGGGUUUAUAGUAACAUUGUUUCCCCAUGUAUGUAUAAAAUCAUUUAUUAAACCAUUAUUCUCUCCUCCUCCUCCUCCCCUGAUGCUCUCCUGUUGGGGAGAGUGGGUUCAUAGCCUAUGCAGCCCAGUAGGUGCUAAUACUGAUGGAGAGCAAGCCAGCUCUAUGACCAUGUAUGAGCUUAACCAGCUGGGCAGUUUAUCUUUAAGAAAACCGUUUCCCAGCUGCCAAUCAUCACUAUCCCUGCUCUCGCAUUGGUCGGAGUGCUGGAAUUCCCGCCUCUCUUUAUUCCAACUCAGGGUUUCCCGCCCAAGCUUCCAGGGGGUUUUUGCCUGCAGCUGCAACCACACUACUUUUUUCUUUCCUAAGAUACGCUCAGCUAAUGAGCGUUCGCCUUCUUACCCAACAGCAUCGUGACGUCAUUGGAACACGCCUACUUUUUUGUACGGCGUUCUUUCAUUGGCUGAGUGCUGGAACAUGUAAAAAGUGUUCGCGAGAAGAAAAAUAACCGCCAUUGGUUAUUUCGUUAGUCAGUAACAGCUGGGCUACGCCUCUUAGCCAAUCCGCUACCGAGUCGUUAAAAGUGCGGUCUGUGAUUGGUGGAGACUGUCUAGCAGGUUAGGUUGCGCUCUUUCUAUAUGUAACCGGUAGCUGAGCACGCCGCUGCUUCUGUGAAGUGAUCUUGAGAACAUUCGGAGCGCAGAGCCCGCCUCAUACAGAAUCUUCAGACGGUAAGCGGCUAUCCCUCUCUCCCUCUAACCGCCACCCGUGUAACGGCUCCCACAUCCUCUCUGUGACCCCGCUCUCUCCUUCACUUAACAGCACAGCGAGCCCUGCGGCCUGGGCGCCCCUGCACACACGGCGACCGCCGUCACCCCACCGUGUGUGCUGCACUCCCUGUGACUGAGUGUCCGUGUUACCCUCUCACUCUGUGUGUGUGUGUCUCUCUCUGUAUUGGGGGUUCUAUUAAUGAGCCGUACAGUGAGUGAAUGAGAGCCGGGCUGGGCUCCGCCAUUACCGGGCGCUCUCCGUGCUGGCGGUCAGAGCCCUCUCUGACAGACAUUGUGUUCCAUCAGUCCGGACACGCGUGUUCCUGCGAGUCUACACACGGGGUGCACUGGGCAUCAUGGGAAACGUAGUCCGUAACCGCUGCCGUGUCCACACCUUGACCCCUGGCAGCCAUUAACCAGCCCUCCCCGCUCCCCCUCCGGGCUUUGUUAGAGGAGAUCCUGCUAGGCCCGCGCCCUGCUCACUCCGUGUGUAAUGCUAUUGCCCGGGGCUCCGUGUAUCCGGAUCAUGGAUCACCUGUGCCUGUUAGUCAGCAUGCAGCACUGGGAGCUGCUAUUUAUGGGGGUCUCGGUGACCCCUGGGGUUGGAGUCCCAAUAAAGCCAACUCGGCAGCUGCUGGGUUACCGUAAUGGGCAGCUCUGGGAAACUAGAGAUCGGGCAGAUAGCAUUUUAUCUUCACUUUCCUGUCCAGAUUGAUGGAAAAUACCAACACAAGUAGCAUUUUCAGUGUAACUCCCUUAUUAAUUCUGACUUUCUUACUCUGAAGAUGAGGAAAAUGUUGUUGUAAAAUAUAUAUACUCUGUGUGUGUGUGUGUGUGUGUGUAUAUAUAUAUAUAUAUAUAUAGUUUACCUUUAUUUAAUACGAAACCUAAGGGUCACAUAUAUUUAGUAAUUGAAAUAAUUUAACAAAGUUAAGCUAGUAUAAAAUAACUCAACCUCAUUUUAUUGCAUAUUGCUGCGUAAUCUGGUGUUCUAUAAAUAACAACUUUUUAUUAUUUAAGGUUCUUUUUGCCUUUGCCUUGCAAAAGUGAUUGCUAUUUUUAGAUGUGUUGAUAUCCAUUAAGUUACGAAAAGUUAUGUUCACUUUGAAGAAAUAAGCUUCAACAAUAGCUAUAUGUUUAACCGGUAAGGUAAAGAUACAUUUAAUAUUGUUUCAUAACCCAACAUGCCGUGCAUGAAAAGUGCCAAAUGACUUGAUAUCUAACUGAUGCUGUUUGUGUAAAGGGUAGUGUUGUCAUGUAAUUUGGUAUUUGAUUGUAUGCUGUGAGUGUAAUAUGUGAGAGAGGUGCAUAAUCCUUAUAGGAAAGCUUUUCAUUUUGUAAUGAAAGUAUUAAGAAAUUUGGGCAUACUAGAUGGGCCGAAUGGUUCUGCCAUCACAUUCUAUGUAUGAUAUGGCGUGUAUUAGAACUUAUAUGUAGGAUUUCCAAAACAAUGCACUCACAAGUUUAUGUGGGUGGCCAUCUUAAGUCAUUGGAAGCACAUGUUAUCUGACUAAAAUCUGUGCAGGUAAUAAAGAGCUAGAUUGCAUUCAAGAUUUCACAAAGGUACAAGCACCAGGCCUCUCAAAUGCACAGUGGGAUGGUUUCAGUCUUCUAAAUUUUGUCUUUGGUAAAAUGGCCGCCCUCUCAUAACAAUAGUAAGCCAGGAGAUGCAUUAAAAUCAAGAAUUUACUUAUUUGGAAUCAUUUAAAAAGAUAGACUUUAUUAAAUAAAGUUAAUUUAUAGUAUUUUUUUGUAUAACUUCUACACUUCUACAUUUUUUUUUUUUUUUUAGCUUUUAACUCUUAUUUAAAGGGACACUGUUGGCACUGAGACCACUUCAGCUAAUUGAAGUGGUGUGGGUGCUGUGACCCUCUUGCACUUAGUGCUGCAAUGUAAAGCACUGCAGUUUACAUUGCAGCUCUAAGUCUGCCCUCUCCCCAUCUGAAUAAAUUGAAAAAUGUUUUCUUUGUGGGGGAGGGGUUUAAUGCACGCGGCCUUUGCCGCGCAUGUGCAUUAGGUCUCCCGUCGGCGGUGGAGGAGUGUGGGCUGAGGGAAAUCGGCACUGGAUUCAGAUAAGUGGCUAAAGCGGUUUUAACCCCCUUCAGCCCUGCAGGAGGGGGGGCCUAAUAACCCUAUAGUGCCAGGAAAACGGGAUUUGUUUUCCUGGCACUAUAGCAGCCCUUUAAUAAUGUGAAAUUCCAACCACUGCCCAGGAUAAAAAAAAGUAUAAUAUGCAAGCUCAAAAUGGGAGCUUUUUGGAGCUGUGUCUAUUCUAUUUUACAGGGGCACUACUAUAGUUACCCAAACAACUCUAGCAUAGUGAAGCAGUUUUGGUGUAUAGCUCAUUCCUCUGCAAUAUUCACUGCUCAACGCCAUUUAGGAGGCAAAUCACUUUAUUUAUGCAACCUUAGUCACACUUACCUACAUGUAACUUGCACAGCCUUCCUAAACAUUAGGGAUCGACCGAUUAUUGGUCUUGCCGAUAUUCUGUAUUUUUAGCAAUAUCGGUAUCUGCCAAUAAAGAUAUUGAAAAUGCAGACCAAGGUCCUCGGGGGGGCCCAGCACACUCUUACCUUCCAAAAAAACUGCCUCCCCAUUUUACACACAUUACAUGCACAAACACACUGCAUUCACUAUACACACUACACACACACACUCUGCAUUCAUUAUAUACGCAUUAUACCCUGCGUUCACUAUACCCACUGUAUGUAUAGUUUGUGCAUUUACCUUAAUAAAAACAAAAUCAGCAAAAAAUAAACUACUAACCAUGUUCAGUUAACAGUAGAUUUGUGUAGAAAUUGUUUAUUUUUAAGUGGUAAAUGUAGAGUAUCGGUAAGCUAUCGGCCUGAAAGUUCACAGAUUAUCGGUAUCGGCUCUAAAAAAAAUGUAAUCUAUCGAUCCCUACUAAACAUGUCCUAUAAAGAGUCAUCUAAUGUUUAUACUUCCUUUAUUGUAAAUUUAUUUAGUUUAGAAUUUUUCCUGCUCUGUUAAUAGCUUGCUAGACCUUCAGCAGCCUCCUGUAUGUAAUUAAAGUUUAAUUUACAGAGCAGGAGUUAUAGACUUUCAAAGUUAGUUCCAUCUGAUUGAAAAUAAAAAAACAUUUUGUUUUCAUGCAGGCUGUGUCAAUCACAGCCAGGGAAGGUGUGGCUAGAGCUGCCUAAAUAAACAAGUGAUUAAAUGGCAGGGAAUUGAGCAGUGAGUCUUCAGGGGUAUGAUGUUUACACCAAAAACUGUAUCACUGACCCUAUAGUGUUAAAAUGCAGCUUAGUCCACUUUAGCCCCUGGAAACGGUGAUGCAUGUGACAUAUGCACACAUCGAUAGAAUUAAGCUGUCAGCGGUAGGCGUGCUUUCUUGCAAACAUACACACCGGCAUAGGGUCUACGCCAAUAGUCUAUUUUUCAGGAUGAAGUAUUGCACAAAAUCUAUACAUUUAUUAGUGUUUUUACUAGCACAAAAUAUAGAUGAAUUUGCAUGCGAAAUCUUUUUACAUGGAGUGAAAGUAAGCAUGGCAUGUUUCCUUAGAUUCCUCAGUGUUAGAGAAUUGAGCAGUGAGACUACAGGGGCAGGAUCUAUACUCCAAAGGAGUAUGAGGAGCUAAAGGGACACCAGGAACCUAGAACACUUCUUCCCACACAGUGUUUAAAAAGACGCUGGACGUCCUCGCGCUAUGCAUGAGGAUCUCCAGCGUCACUGAAAUACUCAUAGGAAAGCAUUGAAUAGCUCUUUCCUAUGGGGAGGUCUAAUGCGUCAGAACGGACCUCCAGGGUCAGAUUUUCCCCAAAUGAAAGAACUGAAAAAUGCUUUCCUAUGGGGAGGUCUAAUGCAUCAGAACGGAUGCUGCACCCGUACCACUUCAAUGAGCUAAAGUGGUCUGGGCGUCUAUGUCCCUUUAAAGAAUUACCUAUUCCAAAAAAAUUUUUUUAUUAACAAUGUCUGCAAAGGUUACCCUAACGAGAAACAGACCACUGUUCAGACUGAAUGCUCCUUCUCCGUGGAAAGUAUGCUACAAAUAUUUAAAGAAUAAAACAUUUGAAAUAUUUCUACCGGUAGUUUUAAAACCAUAGUAACGUACUAGUUAUUCUUUAACUUUUUUUAAUGUUCUGUUUUUACAGAUUCCAACUAGGUAAAGAAAUGGUUAUGGAGAAGCCAAGUCCCCUGCUUGUCGGGCGGGAAUUUGUGCGCCAAUAUUACACGCUACUCAACCAAGCACCCGACUUCCUGCACCGGUAUGACUUUAAAUUACAUUUAGGGGGUAAAAUUAAAAUCGUACAAUCUAUUAUUGGGACAAAAAAGUGUUGCGUUUAUCCAUGGAUAUAGAGCUCUGAUGCUUACAUCACAUUUUUGUUUCUAUGUAAGAUUGUGAGCUUUGGGCUCAUAUAGGGCACGCUUGGUACCACAACCACAGACUAGUGUUCAUGAUUCAUGGAUUGGAUUCUUCAUUUAUCAUGUAGGGGGGUGUGGGGAAUAUAUAAAGUGUGGCUUUUUUUUUUUUAAAUUUAUUUUUCUUUCUAGAUUUUAUGGGAAAAGCUCCUCUUAUGUGCACGGUGGCCUGGACAAUAGUGGCAAACCAGCUGAUGCAGUCUAUGGACAAACCGUAAGCAUGUUUUCGCAAUCACAUUUUUUUUUUUUUUUAAAUACUUUGUUUGUAUUCUAGAAACCAAUGCAUGUUUGUUUCCAAUGUUUAGGAUAUUCAUAAAAAAGUGAUGUCCCUGAAUUUUAAAGAUUGUCGCACAAAGAUACGUCAUGUUGAUGCUCAUGCCACAAUUAAUGAUGGAGUCGUCGUCCAAGUCAUGGGCGAGCUUUCCAAUAACAGACAACCUAUGCGCAGAUUUAUGCAGUCAUUUGUCUUGGCGCCAGAGGUAAGGCUCUCUUUUUGACUGCUGUGAAGUGUAGUCUAAUACUUAAUGCGGGGCCACUGUCGAAAGAUUUCUCGGCAAUAAGCUUAAUGUUCGUUCUCUCUUCUUUUUAGGGCUCUGUGGCAAAUAAAUUUUAUGUACAUAACGAUAUAUUCCGUUACCAAGAUGAGGUUUUUGGUGACUCUGACACGGAGCCCCCCGAAGGUAUGUUGGCAAUGCACUUAAAUAUUUGAUCGUUUUGCUUAGACUGGGCUUAGUUUGUAGAAGAUGCUUUUGGCAGUGUCUUAUUUACUGUCACAGCCUACAGAUAAAAACAAUUUGCUUAUUCGUGUAGAUUUUAUAGUACAACGUGGGACUAUUUGUAGUUUACAGUUAAUGUUUGAACUCUGCAUUGUUGAUACAUUCAAAGACGUGUGAUGUUAUCACAUUUACUUUGUUCUGUAGACUUGCAUCUACCUUAAAUGAAAAUGCCAGGCACGAACAUUAUACCCACCCAGUUUAACUUGUCAAAGGAUUCUAAAAUGGUUUGACAUCUUGCCUGCGUCCCACUGGCACACUGUGCCUGAAUUCUCCUUGUGAUUUGGCUCCACUGGGCCACACUUCUUGGCUCAGUGAUUGCAGACUUCUUUAACUCAGUCAAUACUUCUGCUCUCAUCCUGGAUAAAAACUCUGUUGUGGUGCAUGUGCCUGGCAACCCAGGAAAGUUGUUGUCAAACCCUUCUAAAAAUUUACACAAAGAGUGUGGGAUGUUAUGGUUCUUGGAGUGUUCGUUUUCAGCAUUCGUAACUUUUUAUGAUAAAGCAUGGCUUUUUUUUUUUUUUUCCUCCUCUUUAGGAACAACUUACUGGUGUUAAUGUGGCUUGAAUUUGGAUAAAGACUUGCAGCUUGUGCACUGGUGUUUGUAGACUAAUUUCCCAUAAUAACUAGCAAUGCUUUGUGGACUGUUAUCUGAUGCUUAGUCAACCCAAACAUAUCCAGUGCCAAAGUAACACUAAAGCAGUGGUUUCCAAACAUGUUCUUACGGCACUCCUACCAGUCCACAAUUUAGGGAUUACCCAGUUAGAAAAAAUACACCUUUCGACCCAACUUUGUCAUCUCUAAAUCACGGACUGGUAGGGAUGCCUGGAGCACUUGUUUGGCAACCACUGCACUACACCAUUACUUUCAUCUAGUGCAUGGUUCUCCAAAUUCAGUCCCUCUAGAUGUUAAACUAUAACUCCCAUGAUUCUUUGAAUGAAAUUGCUAGCCAGAUAAUUAUUGGAGUUAUAGUUCAACAUCUGGAGUCAGGAGAAUCCUGAACGAGAGGAAAAACUUCUUUGAACGUUUAAUUACAACCCAGAACUUAAGUAUGUAUUCUUAAUGUAUCUUUAUUUUUCUGCUACUUAAGAGUCUGAUGAGGAUGUGGAUGAGCCAGAGGGGAGACCACAAAGCCCGGAUGUAGUUGCCACCGAUGAAGGUGUCUUCUAUGAACAACCUGGGAGGUAAAGUCAAACUUUUUAUGCUUUCUACACCUGCACUACCUACCUGCUUACCUGAUUUUCCUAAAAGAUCUAAUGUUGAAAUAUGUUUGGAUUUAUAGAGCAGGAGACUGACAAUCCACUCUGUGUCCUAAAUAAUUAGAGUACCAACUUAAUGUUCUAGAAUUAUUAGGGCUUGGCUUGUCCUCUUCACAUCCUUGGAUUGGGGGGGGGAGAUUUCCAUGGUAGCAACUCUUAUAUUUAUAACACUAUGGAUUUAUAUAACUAAACAUUAAAAUCUUGUCAUUUUCUUUUUCCCAGUAACAAUGAUGUAGAGGAACAAGUGGAUGAGCAAAUUGUUGAAGUGGAACCGGAACCAGAACCCGAACAAGAGCCUGAGCCAGAGGCUGAAGCAGUGGAGGAGAAAUGUGAGCCUGUGUCAGAGGAACCCAUUCAAGAAGAGGAAGAGGUGGUGGAAAAGAGCCCAUCCCCACUUCCUGCAGAACCGGCCCCAGCAGUUCAAGAAGACUCUAGGGUAAACUAUCUUUCCUCAUAUUGUACACGGAGCACACAAAAAAUCUAGAAAGGCUCACUAUCGCAGAUUUCGAUGCAGAAUCUGAAUUUUGUUUAUCAUCCCACAAUGUUUAUUUGCAUAAGGUGGUGUGGUUUUUUUUUUUUUUUCUCCUUGCUUUAAACAUUCUGCUAUCACAUACGGAUAUGGAGUGUGAUUUUCUUUAAAAAAAAUUCUUCAUCCAUUUAAUAUAACAUUUUUGCCUGACCUUUAUAAAAAACUUGAACACUGUUCUUCACAAGUUGUUCUAAUGUCAGUGUCGUGUUUUUAAUUAAAAAAAUUUUUUUUUCAUCCAUAUCUUUCUAGGCUUUCUCUUGGGCGUCUGUAACAAGCAAAAAUCUUCCACCAAGUGGUGCAGUUCCAGUAUCCGGAAUACCGCCGCACGUUGUGAAAGUACAGGCAUCACAGGUAAGCAGCUCUUUUGUACUGCAUGUGUACAUGCAUCUUUGUAUACAAAAUUCUAAAGUAGUGUAAUUUAUUUUAGUGAUAAGUCUUUCUUAUUCACCUUAUUUAAAAGUGAAAUAUCACUUUUGGACUAAAAAUAAAGCAAACUUCAGUCCUGUUUCUAAACAAUGUUUAUGCUAGUAACCUCCGCUACAUGUAUUCUGUAUUUUACUUGCCAAUAGUUUAGAACAGUGGUACACUUAUUUUUCCUUCUGUUGUGACUUCUAGUUUUUCAUCCCAUAACAUGAUCUUUAAUACUUAAACAUGGGGUUGUAGCUUUACAUUGCUUACUUUUUUUUUUUCCUUCUCAUUAACUAGCCUCGGCUAGAAUCAAAAUCUGAACCUUCAGUGUCCUCACAGCGAGCUCCACAGCGUGAUCAACGAGUCAGAGAACAGAGAAAUACAGUACCACCCCCUCGAGGACCUAGACCUGGUCAGUGUAUUAUAACGUCUUAUCGACUAUAACGAAGAGUGUUAAAUAAUCUUUCAUCUAAAAUUAAGACUAAACCUAUUUGGAUUUGGUCAUCUGAUGUUUGAGCCAAUGCCUUAAAAGUAUACAAGGGCAUACAUUUCAUUAAACUACUGUUCAACAUUUUUGCUGGCUCUGUUUAAAUGUGACCUUGAUACAAUUUGAGUAACACUGCACAGUAGUGUGAUUAACAAAUAUGCAUGAUUAUUUCCUGAGUGAGUGGAAGAAAUGGUUGAAUUUCUUCACACAAAAAUAAAUUUCAGAGUCGUAAAUACAAUUGUCACAAGGUUUGGGAUUUUGCUGUGAUAGCAUCUGCCUUUUAAUACUCCCCAUCAUUUUCCAAGCUUCCUUCACAUGUUUAGAUCUAACUUUUUUUUUUGUUUUUUUGUUUCUUCAGUCAGAGAAGGUGAACCAGGAGAAGGGGAGACGCGACGUAUAAAUAGGUACCCAGACAGCCAUCAGCUCUUUGUUGGAAACUUGCCUCAUGAUGUUGAUAAAACAGAACUCAAAGAGUUCUUUCAAAGUAAGUAACAGUUAACGGUUUACUUUAAACUCUUAUAAGGUACUUGUUAUAAAAUAAAAUAAAUUACAUUUUAUCUACACAUUGUUCUAGCAGAUUUUCCUGAUUUUAAAAAAAGCGUGUUUUUUUUUUUUUUUUUUUUUUUUUUCUCCUUUGUCAUGUAACUCAGUAUUUGCUUAUCAGUACUGAGAUCAAAAGACUGUGCUCUUCAUGUCUGUUGGGGAAACCUUCCUCUGGGCAUAUUCCUGCUUGAGUGAAGGCUCUGUGAGCAGAGAAAAGGCCAGAAUGAUUUAUUGCAAGAGCUUUAGACAUGCAAUGUGAGAAUGGACAGCAAACAGAAGUGUUAUUUAUAGAACACCUACUGUAGGGAUAUGCAGGGGGAAUGUCUUACAGCAAGUGUAACACCCAAAACUUUAUUGAUCCAAGCAUGAUACAGGGGCAAUGGAAAUAGAGUAAAAUUUGAGCUUUUAAAAGUAUUAAGGGAAGAAACUCUUAACUGUAUAUGAUUUGAGCCAGAUUGUUGGGGAAACUGCAAACCAUCUGUCGUGACCGGUUUGCUUUAAAGGAAAUGGAAAAAGCAACUUUAGCUCUUUUAAAAGGGCUUAUAAUUCAAUUUCUACACUGUAAUACAGGUUUUGCUAGCAAAUGUAGAGGUAUAUAGAAGAAACUACUUUAAAAAUAGUUUUCUCCUCUAUCUCUUAAUUGAUAGAGCAUAUGCAGUGCUUUGCUUUUUAGGGUAACUCCCUAGCUAGCACUGGCUAUUGAAUACAAGAACGGAGUGAUGUGAUAUCACUCCAUUCAGACACCAGUGCGAUGGCCACUAAGCCAGUAUGCUGGCACCAUGGAUGAUUUUCCGCUUGGGGAAGUGCCUCCAAGCGAAAUCGACACAGAAGAGAAGAGUGCUAGCAUACCAGAAGUGUAACACCUACCUCUUUUUAAUGAGAUGUUAUCAGGGAAGCAGUUGGCCUGGUAACAAGAGUGUCCCUUUAACUGCUUAAAGUAUACUAAAGUGAUUUUUUUUCAGUCCUCAGGUGCAAAUAAAUGGAUUUGGCACAAAAUAUGUAUUGGUUAUAGGCAAUGUGUUUAAUUACUCUGUUUUUGGUUUUAAUUAUUUUCUCCAUCUCUAGCAUAUGGGAAUGUUGUAGAGCUUCGUAUAAACAGUGGAGGAAAGCUGCCCAACUUCGGCUUUGUUGUUUUUGACGAUGCGGAACCUGUUCAGAAGAUUUUGGGAAAUAGGGUAAGAGUUAAAUAUUAACAGUGCCACACAAUCCAUACAUUCUCUGGCUAGUUAACUAUAGACUAUUCACCAGCCUAGUAUUUCAGUCUAUAAAGCAUGUCACAACUUUAGUCUAUAAUAUAGUGUUUAACUUUUUUUUUUUUAUCUAAUUUUGUUCUGUUCCACAGCCCAUUGUGUUUAGGGGAGACGUACGUCUGAAUGUGGAGGAAAAGAAAACUAGAGCUGCGAGAGAGGGUGACCGCCGUGGGGAAAGACCCCGUGGCUUAGGUCCCCGUGGAGGUCUUGGAGGGGGUCUGAGGGGGCCACCUAGAGGUGCGAUGACUCAGAAACCGAGUUUUGCAACGGGAAGGGGGGGUAUGCAAGGCCCACGCCAAUGAUUUGUUCACCUGUCUUCUUGAGUGGGUCCUUCCAUCAAAGGGACACAGUCUUCAUCUGUCCUGCAGCCUUCUUCAAUUUGGGCUUUGAGUGUUUUGGCAUAUUGCCCUAUCAUGACAGACUGCUACACUUCAUCUGUCCCAUCCCAACUUGUUUGUUGCAAUUUACUUUGUUUUUUUGUUUUGCCUUCUUGAUCCUUGUCCCAGAAUCCACCAUUUGCUGAACAAUUACUUUGGAAGAAAAUGGAUGCUUCAAAAAAAAAAAAAAAACACCCCUGCUUUCAGGAAUUAAAAGGAAUGGAACUAAUAAACACCAUCAUGAAAGAUACUCUUAAAAGAUCCGAUGGGAUGUUUGACGGAUUGCUGUUCACACAAAUUACUACCCUGCUUAGGGAGGCCUAGAUUCCUAGGCGAAAUAUUCAGGUUUUGUUUGUUUAUCCAUUGCUGUGAGUAGAGUUGACAAAGUAGCUACAAAAACUCCUCCAUCCUGGCUGUUUUACUGCAAACAAAAGGUGUUCAUUGGAAUUUCUGUACUAACACAUUUUGUACAGCGCUGUUGGAGUUAAAAUAUGAAACUACUGUUUUACCACUCAAAUUUUGGAUUUUGGGAUAAGUUUUAAAUGUCUAGCUACAUGACUCAAGAUUUGAAUUGUGAAUUUUUAAAUUUUUUGUUUCCUUUUAUUGGGAAUAUUUCCUUGUUUUUAGUUUAUUUGUAAAAAAACAAAAAAAAAACUUCAAAAGAGAGCAAAAUUAUUGUGCCUUCUAUUUAUCUCAUUCCAGUCUUGACAAAUUAUUACAAAUAAACAGAAGUCGAAUGUCCCAACUGCUGUUUCAGAAAUUCCCUUUUUGGGGAAGGAAUCUGGUUUUAAAAGGAGAACUAUACUUACUUUAUAUGCUUCAAAGGGCUUGAUAAAAAUGUUAUUGACUCGUUUUGCGGAGUGAACGAAAUUUGGACAAAAUUUUCAUUUUGUAGAGGCACAACCGAUGUGGAUAUUUCAAAUUUUCAUGCAUUUUGUUUAAUGUUUUGUAUACAGAUUACAGGUCUUAAUUCAUUCAGUGACAACUCAUAAAAACUGUUCAUCUAAAUUCUGCGGAAUCUGACAUUUUUUAUUUAUAAACAUCUUCCCUCUGAAAAAUAGUGCAUUUUAGUUGUGUUUUCUUUGAGGUUCAAGAAAUUAAGUAUCAGAUGCAUCUGCUAGACAUCAGCUAGAAAAAUGCAUUGUGGUUAGAAUGAAUAAACAAAGUUGCAAAUAAUCAAAUGUAACUAUUGGUACCUGUUGCCACUCAUUUUAUUUCCGGACUUUACACAUGGUAAAAAUGGAAUACAGAAAGAGUGGAGAUGACCAACUGUGCUAAC